AUUGUGGUCUUUGUGAUUUGGAGCUCGAGAAACAUGGGUGUGCUCAUUAAAUUCUUGUUGGUUUUUGUUUUCUUUAAGUGUGCUUUCUGCGAAGAAGCACUACUACACCCAUGCAAUCCAAGCGAUAUGGAAUGUUUGAACAAGGCCACGGAGUCAUUUAUGAGUAAAACAAGUGUCGGUAUACCAGAGUACGGCAUCAAACGACUGGAACCCAUGGAAUUAAAACAUGUGGAGUACGCCGACCCAGCAUCUGAUCUAAUUUUUCACUUUAAAAACAUUACCAUAACAGGGCUGAAAGACCAAAAGAUUAGCGAUUUCAAGAUGGAUACUACUGCUAAAUCUGUAGUGUUACAAACCAGGAUGGAUUUAAACUUUGCAUCUGACUUGACAAUUGAAAUGAAGGAAGCCACCAAGCUCCUCUCCGGAACCUACAAAGCAAAAGCGACCACGCUUAUGACGACAAAGUACACAUACAAUCUGAAGCCGAACAGUGAAGGGGUAGAGUUCUUCGAAGUCGGCCCGGAGACUAUCACAUGCCAGGCUAUCGGCGUACCCGAAGUAACACUGGAUCCACAGUUUACCGACACCAUUGCAAACGACCCAGAUGCAGUCGCAAGGAGAGCUGACUACGAGAAGAGAUCAACGGAAAUUAGACAAAAGUCUUUAUGCGUAAUUGCUGCGGAAGCGUACGGAACUGUGGUUGGAAAUAUACGAGCCGCUGCCAAAGUAUUACCGAAAACGGCGUUCUUCAAAGACAUGUGAGAACUGGAGGUGUUUGUUUGUAUUAAAAAUAUUUAAAACCAUGCUGGUUUUAUUUAAAAUUCUCAUAUUUUUGGAUUGGCUAUAAGGGCGUCCUUAAGCAGAUGCACAGCGUGGACGUCCCUUCCGGGUGCUGUUUCAUGUCAUUUCAUAGAACAACGCUGCGUGAGGUGCAUCCCGCACGCGACGUGAUUGCUCGAUUGGCUGUACUACGGGCCCUUAUCUGCGUCUUCCUUUUGCUAUGUUGUAGUAACAACAAAAAUAAUAAUCCAUUGCCGAGUGUUCACCCGCUCGAUCGAAAUUGUACUGGCGGCGCUGUGAGUGGCGGGAGUCCGUCGCGGUAGUCCACGACGCAAUAAAUUUGUCCGUGACGAAGCACGUAGCGGGUAAGAAGCGGACACCGUUAAGGUUUCUACUAAAUCUGGAAAGGCAUUGCUAAACAUUACAGGUGUGAACCUGCUCAUAUAUGUUUGCGAACAGAAACUUGUGUAGGAGAUAGAUUAUACAUAUAUUUACAUAGACUGUGAUCUAAACGAAGAAAUAAUAAAAUUUUACUAAACUAGGUUUCAAAUCUUGUCUAAUUUUUUUGUAGUAAAGCCGUUUUUGUCAACCAAAGUUGGUUAUUUAAUAAAAAAGUUUUUUUUUACCGCCAAACUGUGACUUGUGUGCUAAAAUAGUAGAUAUGCAACACUUGUUGGGGAAAUGUGUCAAUAAUUAAAGACACUAGUAUUAAUACAACAUUAGGAUCUGAAGAAAUUCGACAUAGGACCUUUCAAAAUUAUUUUGCAAUCGGAUGUAGCGAAACUUAUCUAUGAGGUAGCGUGAUCAAUACCCUGAGUUGAUGUAACACUUGAGUUUAGGGUAUGAUAUAACUGACAUAAGUAAGUACCCUGUGUAAAAGACCCUCGUCUGUGAUCUUUGCAUCUGUCAGCUAGCUAUACAUCUUGUGAACACCUACAACAUCAAACAAGAUUUGUUUUAGUAUUAGUUCCUGUGCCCUAUUUUUAUUUUAAAGUACAGUCAAGCACCGGUCAAGUUAACAAGCACUGAUCUAAUUAAUACUUGAUAAAAAAAUUGGUUUAGUAUUAGGUAGAGAUCUUUUGCGAAAACUUAACAGUUUCUGGUAGCUUGUUAUGUGGCUGAGUGUACUAUCUUCUGAACCCGAAGCACUUGGCCGGUUUUUAUAUAAUUAAAAAGCAGAGAGGGCUAUUAAAAUAUAUGGUACGAGAUUUUCACUUACUAUAUACAGGAAAACAAAACCCAGAGUAGUGUGAGUAUACGUAACUUAUAAAUCGCAGAUGUUCAGACGGACUAUUAUAAAAAUAAAAAUGUUAAUUGAAAGAAAUUCUUUAUUCGGAUUUAUAUAUUUGAGCCCUUAACACGUUUAGAAACAAGUUUGAAAUUUUAAGUAUUCAUUUAACGAACAUCGUUUUUUAUUUUUUUUAGUGAUGUAGGCUUUGAUUGCAUUCGAACUAAUGGAACUUACUUCGUCUAGCAUAAACGGAAAUCCAGCUCAUUGAUUUUGGGAGAAAAGAAACCCAAUGAUACCUACAUAGUAAACAGUUAAAAAACGAAUAAAAAAUAUAAUUACUUUAAAAAGC